AUGAUGAUGGGAAGCUUGAAGACAGUGGAGUUGAUAGAAGCAGUUCUGCUUUGUCUUCGCCCAAACAGAUUUCCAACCCAGUUGUGUACAAACUUGUUCGGAACUAAAAAGGCUAAAGCUGUUGAAGUACUUUGGAUUGCGAAAGAAAUUCUCUUGGAUCUUUGUAGUUUCCCUUUUAAAUCAAGAAGGGCCUCCAUUGAUUCAGUUCUAAACAAUCCGAAGUUUCAGAAACUUUUGCCAUCUUUCCACAGUUUACUUGAUGCACUUUCACUUGAAAAAAAAGUUUUCGUUAGAGAUUGUAACAUCAACAUUCGAUGGAACUCAAAUAUCAAAAUAGGAAGAACCAAAUAG